ACUGUAAGUGACCAGAGACUCAUCUAUGCUGGUAAACUGCUGCCUGAUCAUCUACACAUCAAAGAUCUCUUCAGACAGACUGACUCCAUUCCCACGCUGCACCUGGUGUGUGCUGUCAGGAAUCCACCCCAGGGACCCCUGGGAGCCAGACCUAAGACCACAGCCAGUCCCAUAGUCCACACACAGAGCACACCUGAGCUGAGACAGAGGAGACAGUCCUCUUCAGCUUCACCUUCAGCUCACACACAUUCCCCAGUGUCUCCAGCAGGAGCUCCAUCAUGGCCUGCUGCAGGGCCUGGAGAACCACAGAUGACCCAACCAGCCUUUCCCACCUACUCCCUGUACAGCCCCCAGCAGCUGCUGUGGCUCCAGCACGUCUACGCUCGACAGUAUUACAUGCAAUACCAGGCAGCGUUGGCAGCAGCUGGCACUGUCCCCGCUGCACCAGCUACAACCAUUGGCCAGCACCCUCCUGUUCCCGCCCACCAAGUCCCUGUGCCAGGCCCCUUAGCCAAUCAGAACCCCAUCAACAACCUGCCAGCCAAUCAGAACCCAGUACAGGACGGCGCCUUCAUCAACCCCGGGGAGGCCAACCAGAACGUGCGGAUGAACGCGCAGGGUGGGCCUAUGGUGGAGGACGAGGAGGACAUGGAGCGUGAUUGGCUGGACUGGUUGUAUUCGGCUGCGAGAUUCAGCGUCCUGCUCAUGAUCGUGUACUUCAACUCCAACCUGAGCCGCUUCCUGCUGGUGAUGAGCAUGCUCCUCCUUAUGUACCU